GAAAUGGCUCAGGCUGCCUGUCUUCUGGAUCAGGACCAAUUCAGCUGCACAAUCUGUCUGGAUCUACUGAAGGAUCCAGUGACUAUUCCCUGUGGACACAGUUACUGUAUGGGCUGUAUUAAGGGCUGCUGGGAUCAGGAUGAUCAUACUGGUGUCUACAGCUGUCCCCAGUGCAGAGAGACCUUCACCCCAAGGCCUGUUUUAAGAAAAACCACCAUGCUGGCUGAAGUGGUGGAGCAACUGAAGAAGACAGGACUCCAAGCUGCUCCUCCUGGAGACGUGGUGUGUGAUGUCUGCACUGGGAGAAAGCGCAAAGCCAUCAAGUCCUGCCUGGUGUGUCUGGCCUCUUACUGUAAAACUCACCUCAAACUGCACAAUGAACUCAACCCAGGAAACACACAUAAUGUCAUCAAUGCUACUGGACGCCUGCAGGAAAAUAUGUGCCCUCAACAUAAAAAACUGCUGGAGAUUUACUGUCGUACCGAUCAGCAGUGUAUCUGUCUGCUGUGUGUGAUGGAUGAACACAGAGGCCAUGAUACAGUCUCAGCUGCAGCAGAAUGGACUGAGAGACAGAAGCAGCUGGGGGCGACACAGAGUAAAUUCCAGCAGAGAAUCCAGGAGAGAGAGAAGGAGCUGCAGGAUCUGAGACAGGCUGUGCAGUCACUCAAGAGCUCUGCACAGGCAGCAGUGGAGGACAGUGAGAGGAUCUUUACUGAGAUGAUCCGGUCCAUUGAGAGAAGGCGCUCUGAGGUGAAAGAGCUGAUCAGAGAUCAGGAGAAGGCUGAAGUGAGUCGGGCUGAAGCAUUCCUGGAGCGACUGGAGCAGGAGAUUGCUGAGCUGAGGAGGAGAGACGCUGAGCUGGAGCAGCUUUCACACACAGAAGAUCGCAUCCAAUUCCUCCAGAGCUCUAAGUCUCUCUGUGUCCCUCCUGGACCUGGAGACUUACCCAGCAUCACUGUCAGUCCACACGUCUCUUUUGAGGCUGUGAGGAAAUGUGUCUCUGAGCUGGAAGAGCGACUGGAGGACGUCUGCAAGGGGGAAAUGUCUAAGAUCUCCAGGGCAGGCAGAGCAGUGGCUGUUCAUGGCUGCUUUACUGAAGGUGGGGAGCCCUCAGAAGCCAGAGCCACAGCAGCUGAAGGGGAGACCUGUCCCCUCUGCAUGAAGCCCAUGGAGGAGAAGCAGAGGCUGAGGUGUACUCAUGCCUUCUGUGCAGCCUGUCUGAGGAGCUCUGAGGCCCAUCCCAACCCAGGGAAGCCCUUUACUGGAGUCCAAGCAGAGUCCUGGUUACCCAAUGAGCAACAGUUCUACUCAUCAGGCUCCCAAGUCUGCCUGAAGGGCCAUGAGGUGCUGAAGCUGCUGGAAAGAGCCUUUGAGCAGAAGCUGAUUUUUACUGUGGCUGCAGCCCAUGGAGCUGCAAGCAGAGUCGUCUUCACUGACAUCCCCCAUGCAAGAAACUUGUAA